UAAAUGUGACUUAAUCAGUAGCUACUCAAACUGUAAUGGUGUUCUCUAGUGUCCCUUUCGGUUACUCCCUCGCACUCAUCUUUUUCGUGGGGACACAUAUCAAAGUCUCUAUGGAAAAUGAAUUUAAUUCUCAGCAAAACGUAUGGAGUCAAUUUUCAAACAACACCUCAUGGCACUACUUCGACCAGGCAUCAGUUGCAAAACACACAUUUUUGGAGCUAUUGAGUAUUCUGGAGCGUUUUGGGCUUCCCCAGGAUAUUAACGACGCCAAAGAGAGACUGAUAGAUCUCGUGCUUGCAGACGAAAUAGACGUCUCAAUUGUGAUGACAUAUACACAGCGGUUUAACGAAGAAAGUGCAUUCGAUCGAAUGAUUGCCGCGCUGCUUACCCUAAAAGACACUAUUCCAUCAUCGUGCCCGUUGGGAUUUGGCAUAGGGAAUCUAAUUCUGUAUGCAGUUUUUAAUAAACACCGGUUUGACUCGCACAGCAGUGAUAUUUGUGACAAGCUGUCUGAGCUUCCGCAGUACGUGGCUACUUGUGAUCAAUCAUGUGAUGUCCACAAGCGGUUAGAGAUUUUGCAAAGUGAUUAUUGCGGAAGGGCGCAAAUGGUCGAAGUCGCGAAAGUUGAGAACGUUGCCGUAAAUACAGCAAGUAGUACACAAGUAGUUGACGUCUUACGCUCUGCAGUGGACGCCACGCAACUGGUUAGUUUACUUCCUGUUCCCGAAUCACAGCAAGAAAUUUCCAAUUUAGAAACAUUGAAAUCCUAUAUGUCGAGCAGCGAGAUGAAGCAGUACCUGCAACAGAUUUCGACCUCCGAACAUGGAAGUAGCACAGAGGUGCUGAGAAUCGUAUUGAAGCACAUCGUGGAAACAAGCGUGGAAAUCUCAAUCAAGCGAAUCGCUUACACCUACCUAACCUACAUGGAAAGCACGGGGGAAAGCCGAAAAUUAUUCGACUAUUCGAUUCUUACCAAAUUCCUCCCGCAACCCAUAAAUGAAGAGGAGGACUCGUACUAUGCAACCGUACUGUCAUUCCUUCAAGGAACCGAUAUUCACUAUUAUCUUAGAAAUUUAGGUGAAAUUGACUCUACUAACUUAGCUCUGCUGUACAAACAAGUCUUAAGGACGUUGGCGGAAGAUCUCGAAUUAGAACUCAACAUAAGGGCAGCUUUUAAAUAUUACUACGACUAUGAAGAGUUAUUCGAUGAUGUUGAGCUGGAAGCACAUAGAGUUCUACACAAAAAAUUCAGUUUGAGAAAAGUCCUCAAUGGUAUUUUCACCGAAUUGCCUUUGGAAUAUCGAGAUGGAUUGAAAUUGCUUUUGCGGUUUGUCUCCAAGUAUCCCGCAACGAUGAACACCUUCGAGAUUCCCACAGAGGUGGUGACCUACGGUCAGUUGGGUCGAUCAGUACUAGAUUUCCUACAGGCAUCAGAACAAGUGCCGGCGGUAGUGAAAACGGCGAUUAUCACGUUAAUCCCGCAUAUCAGCUAUGAUGGCGCCGGUGCGUUGCUUAUACAAUUUUAGGAUCAUCUCAGGGUGAAUAUUCCGUAAAUAUAUUAGUGCACUGAACUAAUGAGUGUGGUGCUUCUUUUCGUUUUUUGAAAAGGAGCGUGGUGCGCUGUUUUUCAACUUGGAAAUAUACCAUUUGAGACCUACUGUAUUUUCCAAAUCGUGUUGAUGGACCUAUCUUUUCAAAAAUCUGGUCUCUAUUGAUCCCGUCUUAUUGUAAAUAAACGUUACCUGGUUGAUAAAUGGCGGUGAGGUAAUUGUCUUGUAAAUAUUUCCAUUCUAGGAAAAUAAAUUUAAGACAAACUAGUUUGUUGGUAUAGUUCGUCUCAAUCUUUUGCUUUUAUUCAAACUGAGCUCAUAAUUCUCAUAUAUAGAGAGGCACAGUGAAAAGUGGUCACAAAUCAGAUAGACAGAUCCUUGUGAAUACAGAAUGUCCAUGAGGGUUUCAUAGAACCCUUAGUAAGAGCAGUACAAGAGAUUGGCUUUUAAUAAACGCUAAAGGUUGAGAUGCAUCCCAGAAAUAUUGGAUUAGAGCUGGAAAUAACAGACGCAUCAUCAUUGAUGCAUCUGUUGUUUGUGUAUGUGAUUAAUGUUUGUAAAGUAAAAUAAAUAAAAGUUAUAAAUAACUAUUA